CUGUGACCACGUGACCGCCGGUGUCUCACUUCCGCGUGAGCAGCCAGCUUGUGUUUACAGCACAAUGUCGGGGAUUAAAGCUGUUUAUCUCGUUUAUUACACUUUAUUCCUUAUAGUUUAUUGUGUGAACGGAUUCGCGUGGAAUGGGGACACUUUCACACGGGAGGUGUCUAUGGAGAUGAACCCUGGGUUAUCUCCACCCUCAGCGGCGCCCCCCGGGGUCUCAAUGCUCCAUGCACGGGCCCUUGGCUGCAACGACACACUGCACUUCCUGUUGUGCAGCGGUGGAGCUCCGGCCCUGAUGAUGAUCCACACAAACUCCUCUAACUCAAAGCUGAAGGUGAACUGGACCAAGUUCCUCAGCUCUGACCCGGCCGACAGCGUGGCGGUGGAACCGGAGAGCAGCGUGCAGUACAGAGGUGCUCUUGUCUUCACCCGCUUGUGGGAGUAUUAUGAGUUGAACAGCACAGAGCAGCAUGUGUUGUCUCCAUAUGAGCUUAAGGACUUUGAGUGGGACGACGUGAACAAAACACUGGAUUACACACAGCACACUGCACGGCUCUGUGGGAGACACACCAGCUUCAGCAACGACGCCUCACUGUGUCUGCGUUUUUCAGUAUACGAGUCUUCAGGCCGAGAGGAGGCGUGGCCUAGUCUCCUCCAUAACGCCAACUCCUCCCAGCUACACGUUUUGUUGGAAGGUGUGAUGCCACGAACCAACCAAUCCCAGUUUGGCCUGGAACUCCAGACAGUGAGUGAGGCGGGGCUUCGGUCCCGAGUCGACGUCCAAAGGUCCAUCGAUGAUGAAUACACACCCUCCAUCUUCCAGGUGUCAGAGUGGGUGUGGCCUCACGAUAACUCCUCCUCCACGGUGGGUUACUCUCAGUGGAAGCCUGUAGUGUAUAAGAGCAGUCAUCCUGCCAUUGAGGACGCCUCGCCUUGCAUCCACUCGGAACCCGUCAGUCUACCUCAAGCUCCGCCCUCACGCAUCAUCCACGCCUGUUUUGCCCAGAAUCCCAUCACAAACGGCCUUAACGUCACCUUCAACAUGACCUCUGAACUCGCCCCAAACUCCACCCACUUCCUCAGCUGGACCAUGCUGGUGGGAAUCGGGAUUCCUCCGUCAGAUUUCUUCUCUUCCCUGGUGAUCGGUAUCAUGGUCAUCGGUCUCGCCACUCCUCUCCUCCUCCUCCUGGUGGGCGGAGUUUGUAUCUGUUUUAAAAAAAGGAAACAGGACCCACUCGGCCUAUACGAAUCGAUCAACUGACGCUGAAGCCGAAACAAGCCACAUGUUAAUAUAAAACCUAAACAUCUGUGAAGAUCUUUCACCUGACUAUAAACGCCAAUCAUCUGAACAACAUACUGUAAGCCUGUAAGCCCCGCCCACUUGUGCUGAUUACAGUAUAAUGUUUACAUUUUAACCCUAAGUCUAUAUAGUGAGUUUUAAGCUGACACAGUGAUGUGUGACAUGAUGACACCAACAUGUGGAUGUGUGACAUGAUGACACCAACAUGUGGAUGUGUGACAUGAUGACACCAACAUGUGGAUGUGUGACAUGAUGACACCAACAUGUGGAUGUGUGACAUGAUGACACCAACAUGUGGAUGUGUGACAUGAUGACACCAACAUGUGGAUGUGUGACAUGAUGACACCAACAUGUGGAUGUGUGACAUGAUGACACCAACAUGUGGAUGUGUGACAUGAUGACACCAACAUGUGGAUGUGUGACAUGAUCACAUUAGGAUCUGUAGCUUUAGUGAUGUAGCUUUUACUGUGUGAAGGUGGAGCUGUCAUGAACUUACUCAGGUGCUGACCACAGAACUGGUGCCUUCAUGAUGAAUGCUGAUGGAAAGUUUCACGCUUAGAUGUUAGCACCUUGUUAAUGUACAAUCUCUCUCUCUCUCUCUCUCUCUCUCUCUCUCUCUCUC